UUAAUAAGUAGAAUUUUUAUAAAGCAAUUUGCAAACGAAAAGUAAAAUGGUUAUGAAUUACGAUUUAAAAAUCGAAAUUAGAAUGUUAAUUGGUGAAUAGUGAACACUAAACUAUAGAAAAUAUAAUUUUAUAGCUCAUGUAUACAGUUUUGGGUAUUAGUUUUUGCAACUGUUAUUAUAACAUAGGUAUAUCUAUUCUUGUAUGAUAUAAUAUAAAAUAAUAUUAUUGUCAUUCUGUUGUUCAUUAUGAACAAACCUGGUUUUUUUGCUGAUGAAUUUCACAAAGCUAAAGCGUCUGAACACUAUAAGCCCAUCGAGUCUAUUUCUAGUAAUAAAAAUGCAACUACCACAGCCAAUCUUCCAAGUACUAGUGCUACAAAACAAUCUCCUGUGAAGGCAUCUUCGUCUGCUGCUGUUUUAGUCAAUAACAAACAAAGAGGUAAUCCUUUACUAAAAUCGAUUGUUAACGUACCAUGGGAGUAUUCAGAUAGCAUUAUACCAGACUAUGUUAUGGGAAAAACAACUUGUGCCUUGUUUUUAUCGCUUCGCUAUCAUCUAUUAAAGCCAGAUUACAUAUAUAAUAGAGUGAAGGCAUUGAGCAAACUAUAUGAACUAAGAGUUUUACUACUUCAAGUAGAUAUUAAAGAACCUCAUGCUGCAUUAAAACAACUAACAAGAAUGUGCCUGGCGGCAGACUUAACAUUAAUGUUAGCUUGGAGCCCUGAAGAAGCAGGAAAACUUAUAGAGACUUAUAAAAUAUUUGAAAGCAAACCACCUGACCUUAUUAUGGAAAAGCCAGAAGGAGACAACUAUUCAAGAGUUGCCAAUGCUCUCACAACAAUUCGUGCUGUGAACAAAACUGAUGCCAAUUUACUGCUUUCUACGUUUGGAUCUUUAGAAAAUAUCUGUAAAUCUUCUUUACAAUCAUUAUUAUUAUGUCAAGGAUUUGCUCAACAUAAGGCAACACAGUUACAUAAUACUCUUCAUAAACCAUUUUUAAAAUCAAAAAGUACAAAGAAGGAUAUUAGCGACUCGUAAAUAAUUAGUGACUACACAAUAUAAUUUGGUAUUUUAUGAUAAUAAUAAUCAAUUGAUACUUCAAA